GUCAGUAACUGGACUUUGUUUAACAAAAAAUGAAGAGUCAUUUGCACGCAGCAUUAGGGUUUUGCAGGGGUUUCUCCCCUCUUCGAGUCUAGACGCUCAUGAGCGAAUCGUAUGAAUCAUCUACGAAUUUUAUUUCUAAGUUCAGGUUAUUUCAAUUCUGAGUGUUACAGUUUUCAUCGCACAAAUUUCUGUGGAUGGAAGCUCAAGUGGGGAUGUCUAGUCAUGGGGGAGUCGUGGACGGCAGUACAGCGGUGAAGUUUUUGCAAAAGCAGCAGGCGGUGGCGCCAUCUCCUUCGCCACGUCAACACCAACACCAACAUCAACAGUCUGCGGAGAUAGGCACGGUACCACAGCUUCUAGCCGGAGGUAUUGCUGGGGCUUUUAGCAAAACAUGUACAGCUCCACUCGCACGCCUCACUAUUCUCUUUCAGGUGCAAGGUAUGCAUUCUGAGGUGGCACUGCUGAGUAGGCCUUGUAUAUGGAAUGAGGCUUUACGUAUUGCUAAUGAAGAGGGUUUUAGAGCCUUUUGGAAAGGAAAUCUAGUUACUAUUGCUCAUCGCCUUCCUUACACUGCAGUUAACUUCUAUGCCUAUGAACAGUUCAAAAAAUUGCUAAAGUCAAUUCCAAGUAUUAGAAAUAACAGUGAAAGUGCAACUGCAGAUGCUUGUGUACACUUUGUGGGUGGUGGAAUGUCAGGAAUAACAGCUGCCAUGGCCACUUAUCCUUUAGAUCUUGUCAGGACACGUCUUGCAGCUCAGAGAAGCACAGUAUACUAUCAUGGAAUUGGGCAUGCGCUUCGUACAAUUAUCAGAGAUGAGGGGUUUGUUGGCUUGUAUAAGGGACUUGGAGCUACCUUAUUGGGUGUUGGACCAAGCAUUGCAAUAAGCUUUUCUGUUUAUGAAAUGUUGCGAUCAAAUUGGAAAUCUCAAAGGCCGGAUGAUUCCACUGUGAUGGUGAGUUUGGCUUGUGGGAGUCUCUCUGGCAUUGCUUCGUCUACAGCAACAUUCCCGUUGGAUCUUGUGAGAAGGAGAAAGCAAUUGGAAGGAGUGGGUGGGCGGGCCCGUGUUUACAAUACAGGCUUACUUGGGACAUUUGGUCACAUUAUGCGCACUGAAGGCUUUCGUGGUCUAUAUAGAGGAAUACUUCCUGAAUAUUACAAAGUUGUCCCUGGUGUAGGAAUCGUUUUCAUGACAUACGAGACACUCAAAAAACUUUUUUCAGAUAGACCGUUCUAGGUUAAAACUUUUAACAUAUAUUUCAAUUCCAUAUUUUCAAUGCCAGUAUCAUUAUCAGUAUCAGUAUCAGUAUCAGUAUGAAUAUCUUUUAGGAAAAGUCUAUGCUCUUUGUAGGUUACACAGGCAGGCUAUGUUGUCAUUGCUGUCUUGAGUUAUAUUUAUCGUGUAUAUGUCGUAGAUCCGGAAUUGCAUGUGUUCUGAUUCCGGUGCAAUUUUUUGUUUUGGUUUAGGACAGCAACCUGAAAAUUUUGGUGGUAUAAAUUUUGAUGAUAUAUUAUCUGUUUAAUGUUUGUUU